AUGGAGACAGAGAGUAGUAAAGUUACAUCUUUCGGCCUCAGAGUGUCAGUGUCCACCUCUCGAUCUCUCGAUCUCCACAAUACAGGUGACGUGAUUUCUGAGGAGGCCAGGGUCCGUGGGAGACUGCCCGUCAUAUCACCUUUCAUAUCAGUGAAGCAACAGUUUUCCCUUAUUCUUACUGACAAAGACGAUGAGAGAGCUCCUGACUACACUGGCAAAGACGAGGAGAUAACUCCUGACUGCAAAGACGAGGAGAUAACUCCUGAGUGCAAAGACGAGGAGAUAACUCCUGACUACAAUGGCAAAGACGAGGAGAUAACUCCUGACUACAAUGGCAAAGACGAGGAGAUAACUCCAGACUGCAAAGACGAGGAGAUAACUCCUGACUACACUGGCAAAGACGAGGAGAUAACUCCUGAGUGCAAAGACGAGGAGAUAACUUCUGACUACACUGGCAAAGACGAGGAGAUAACUCCUGGCUACUAUGGCAAAAACGAGGAGAUAACUCCUGACUACAAUGGCAAAGACGAGGAGAUAACUCCUGACUACACUGGCAAAGACGAGGAGAUAACUCCUGACUUCAAUGGCAAAGACGAGGAGAUAACUCCUGACUACACUGGCAAAGACGAGGAGAUAACUCCUGACUACAAUGGCAAAGACGAGGAGAUAACUCCUGACUACAAUGGCAAAGACGAGGAGAUAACUCCAGACUGCAAAGACGAGGAGAUAACUCCUGACUACAAUGGCAAAGACGAGGAGAUAACUCCUGACUACAAUGGCAAAGACGAGGAGAUAACUCCAGACUGCAAAGACGAGGAGAUAACUCCUGACUACAAUGGCAAAGACGAGGAGAUAACUCCUGACUACACUGGCAAAGACGAGGAGAUAACUCCUGACUACACUGGCAAAGACGAGGAGAUAACUCCUGACUACACUGGCAAAGACGAGGAGAUAACUCCUGAGUGCAAAGACGAGGAGAUAACUCCUGAUUACAAUGGCAAAGACGAGGAGAUAACUCCUGGCUACACUGGCAAAGACUAG